CCACCACCACCACCCCAACCACCACUCACUUCCCGGCUUCCCGUCUCUGGCUCGUGUCUCUUGGUCUCGGUUCCUGCCUGCUGCUCGCUCCCACCGCACGCCGCGCGCCUGCCCGCGCCCCCGCCCGCUUCUCACCCCCCUCAAAGCGUGGCCUCACCUCCCUCUUCCACCAUGUCUGCUGCCAACGGCGCCUCCGCCGCCGCCGCGCCCCUCGUCAAGGCCGUGCUGGCCGCGCCCGACGAGGCCGCGGCCCAGCUCGCCGCCGAGCAGCUUGCCGCGCACGUCAACGAGCACGGCCUGCGCUCGCUCGAGGCGCACGGCAUCCUCGAUGCGCUCCUCACCGCGCUGCGCAACAAGAAGUCGGCUUCGGAGCGCGAGAACGCCGCCGUGGCGCUCGGUGCGCUCAUCACCAAGGUCGGCGGCAAGAACGCGCCGACGCCGCUCGGCGCCGAGCCCUGGCUGCUGGCCACGCUGCCCGGCCUGCUCGACCUCUACGCCGACAAGGCCGACCCUGUGCGCCGCGCCGCCGAGAGCGCCGUCAACAGCUUCUACGCGCUGCCGCCGCCCGAGGCCGUGCCCGAGUUCCUCGAGACGCUCUACGAGAUCCUCGACUCGAGCGCGCCCAAGUGGCAGAGCAAGGUGGGCGCGCUCAAGCUCAUCGGCAAGAUGGCCAGCGCGGCCAGCGAGCAGGUGGGCGAGCAGCUCGUCGAGCUCAUCCCGCACCUCAAGAACUGCAUGAGCGACACCAAGGCCGAGGUGGCCAAGCAGGCCGUCAAGACGACGACCAAGGUCUGCGGCGUCAUCGACAACAACGACAUCCGCCCGCACCUCGGCUCGCUCGUCGAGACGAUGCGCGCGCCCGACACGGUGCCCGAGUGCAUCAAGAGUCUCUCGUCGACGACGUUCGUCGCCGAGGUCACGGGCCCGGCGCUGGCCAUCAUGGUGCCGCUGCUGGUGCGCGCGCUCAACGACCGCAACUCGACGGUGCAGCGCUCGGCCGUCAUCAUUGUGGAGAACCUGACGAAGCUGGUGCGCGAGCCGCACACGGCCGUGCGCUUCCUGCCCGCGCUGCGUCCCGGUGUCGAGCGUCUGGCCACGGGCGCCGCCUACCCCGAGGUGCGCGUGCUGGGCACGUCUGCCCUGGCCACGCUCGAUGCGGCCACCAAGGCUGUGGGAGAGGCCAAGGACGACGCAGACCCCAAGAUUGCCUUUGCUGCCAACCGCGUCGCCGCUCACCAGCGCAUCAACGCUGCGCUUACCGGCCGCGUGCCCGAGGAGCACAAGGAUGUCGCCUCCGACUCGUGGGCGCAGACGGGUCUGCUCUACCUCGCCUCGCUCGUCGCGCGUCUCUCCGACAAGCGCAUCGUGAACGCGGCGUCGUGGAACGAGGCCUACGUGCUGCCGUACCUGCGUCGCGUGGCCGCCUCGGACGAGAAGGCACAGGAGGCCACCGACGCCCUGCGCGCCGAGUACGUCAAUGUCGACGAGCAGCGCUUCGGCGCGCCCGAGGAGGACGACGAGGAGAUCUCUGGCGAGUGCCUCGUCAACAUCAAGUUCUCGCUUGCCUACGGCGGCCUGCUGCUGCUCAACCACACCAAGCUGCGCCUGCACCGCGGCCACCGCUACGGCAUUGUCGCCGCCAACGGCUCGGGCAAGUCGACGCUGCUCAAGGCGAUGCGCGACGGCAAGGUCGAGAACUUCCCGACCGAGGCAGACGGCAUCCGCACCGUCAUGGUCGAGCACAACCAGGGCGACGGCGCGGGCGUCAAGAUUGUCGACUACGUCUUCUCCGACGAGAAGGUGCAGAAGAUGGGCAAGACGAAGGAGGAGACGCACGCCGCGCUCGCCGAUGUCGGCUUCGACGAGGAGCGCCGCAACGCCGGUGUCGAGUCGCUGUCCGGUGGAUGGAAGAUGAAGCUCGCCCUGGCGCGCGCCAUGCUGACGGGCGCCGACAUUCUGCUGCUCGACGAGCCGACCAACCACUUGGACGUCGGCUCCGUCGCCUGGCUGGAGAAGUACCUCGUCUCGAACCCCAACGUCACCGUCCUCACCGUCUCGCACGACUCGGGCUUCCUGGACAACGUCUGCACGGACAUCAUCCACUACGAGAACAAGAAGAUCAAGUACUACAAGGGCAACCUCUCCGACUUUGUCGGCAAGAAGCCCGAGGCCAAGUCGUACUACUCGCUCGCGGCCACGAGCAUCAAGUUCUCCUUCCCGCCGCCCGGCUCGCUCGUCGGCGUGCGCUCCAACACGCGCACCAUCCUCAAGGUUGCCGACUGCACGUUCACGUACCCGGGCGCGCCCAAGCCGAGCCUGCGCAACGCCAACAUUGCCGUCAGCCUGAGCUCGCGCAUCGGUGUGCUUGGCCCCAACGGCGCGGGCAAGUCCACGCUCAUCAAGCUGAUGACGCAGGAGAACCUGCCCGACACGGGCGUCGUGACGCAGCACCCGUCGCUGCGUAUCUCGACGGUGGCGCAGCAUGCGUUCCACCACAUCGAGCACCACCUCGAGAAGACGGCCGUCGACUACAUCAUGUGGCGCUUCGAGGGCGGCAUGGACAAGGAGCUGCUCGAGCUCGCCACGCGCCGCAUCUCUGCCGAGGAGGCCGAACAGCUCGCCAAGCCCAUCGUCUCGGCCUCGGGCGUGUCGCGCACGAUCGAGAUGAUCGUCGGCCGCCAGAAGCAGCGUCGCUCGUUCAACUACGAGAUCAAGUGGGCGCGCCACCAGCACAAGGACAACACGUGGAUCCCGCGUGAGCGUCUCAUCGAGCUCGGCUUCGGCAAGCUUGUGCAGCGCUUCGACGACGCCGCCGCCGCACGCGAGGGCGCCGGCAGCAAGGACCUCAACUCGGUCGCCGUGCGCAAGCUGCUGCAGGACGUCGGUCUCAACCCGGCCAUUGCCGAGCACAACGAGAUGCGCGGCCUUUCGGGCGGCCAGAAGGUCAAGGUCGUGCUGGCCGCGUCGCUGUGGAACAACCCGCAGCUGCUGAUCCUCGACGAGCCGACCAACUUCCUCGACCGCGAGGCGCUGGGCGGUCUGGCCGUGGCGAUCAAGGAGUGGGCCGGCGCCGUCGUCAUCAUCUCGCACAACCACCAGUUCGUCGACUCGCUCUGCUCCGAGAUCGUCACGGUCGACGGCGGCCAGAUUGUCAGCCACACGAAGCGCGCUCUCGACGGCGCGCAGUUCGCCGAUGUCGACGACGACGAUGUCGCCUCGACGCCGGGCGUCGGCACGCCGGCGCUCACGGCGCCCGGCACGCCCGUCAAUGGCGCCCAGACGCCGGCGCGCGGCAGCUCGCGCGCCGCCUCGCGCCUCAACUCCAAGGCCGGCACGCCGACGUCCUCCGCCGCGCCGACGCCUGCCGGCUCGGGCGACGAGGGCGCGGGCAACGACCUCGGCUUCAAGGCCAAGAAGAAGAAGAAGAUGACGCGCAAGGAGAUUGCCGAGCAGGCGGCGCGCCGCAAGAAGCGCCUGGCCGACUGGCUCGCGUACGGCCAGACGGAGGGCACGCCGCGCCCCGUCGACACCGACGACGAGGAGGGCGAGGAGAAGAACAACGCCUCGACAAAGGCGCUGCUCGGCCGGCGCAAGUAGAGCGUCGUCGUCGUCGUCUCGCUGCCUCCUCCUCGUCCGACGCGUUUCCCCUCGCUCCCUCCCUGGCUCAUACACAUUCCCUUGUUCAUGAACAUCCCGUCACGCAUGCCUCGCGCUUCCUGUCCCCUCUCGACCCCCCAAAAGCCCUUGCGCCCCUCAUACAGCACCCCGCCGAGCCCUCUAUUACGCGGCCUCCCGUCGCUGCCCAGUUCCCGGAUUAUUUCUCACGUGCAAUCGAUAGAGCUCCGUCCCG